CACCUGUUCACAUCUCGCGCGGGAGAUAGUCUUGCGCGCCACACUCUGACUGCAGCCAUGCCCGCUCGCCGCCGUGCGCGUUCUCAUGGGCCGCUUGCGCGUCUCCACUUGGGCGGGCAGCGAUGUGCACGCACAGACUCGCCAUCUCUCGCAAAGGCGCAGCAGCCUAGCUCUCCAUCAUCACCCUUUGCACUUACACUUGCUGACCUGGCAACAUCCAUUGGCCUCAUUGGGAGCUAGACAUCGCUGCUCUACAUCGCUUGCCCCGUCUGCAUCCGCCUUGGCCGUCUGCAGAGACCUCACGCGAUCUCGUACAGCAAAAUCUGGUCCCAGCUCUCACGCGUAAUAAGAUCAAAAGGAUGGCGGACAGCAGCGCAGUGCCCGCUGCAGGCUCAUCAAAUGGUGCUUCAGGCUCGCUAGCACCUGGCGACCCUCGCAAAGAGGGAGCGCUCAAGUCGUACAAGAAGGCUCUGAAGCAGCAUGAAGAUCUAUCGGAGGGGUUAAAGAAGCGUGAGU